CUCCCCACCCAACUCACCCAAAAGAGAAAGUUUCAAACUUUCUCUUUCCUCUUCCGCCAGUCCACUUUUCUUCUUUUUUUUCUUCCAAACCAAAACCUACAAAAUGGCUAUCAGGAAAUCAAACAAAUUGCCUCAAGCAGCUGUCAUCAAGCAAAUCCUCAAGAGAUGUUCAAGCCUGGGAAGGAAACAAACCUAUGAUGAACAGGGCCUGCCCUUGGAUGUCCCAAAAGGUCAUUUUGUGGUAUAUGUUGGAGAAAAGAGAAGCAGAUACAUCGUCCCUAUAUCCUUCUUGAGUAGGCCUGAGUUUCAGAGCCUUCUUCAUCAGGCAGAAGAAGAAUUUGGAUUCGAUCAUGACAUGGGUCUCACCAUUCCAUGUGAAGAGGUUGUUUUCCAAUCUCUAACAUCCAUGCUCAGAUGAAGAAGUAAUGGUUAUUGUGAGUUUUUUUUUUUUUUUUUUUUUUUUUGAGGGGAGAAAAGGGUCAAGAUGAAGCUGAUUCUCUGCUUCUCUGAUCUGGUUUUCUCUUUUAUUAUUCUUCUUAUGAUUUUAAAUAUUAUCUGACCUUAAAAAACCCAAGAAUAUUUAUAUGGGUUUUGAUUUUUAAAUCAGUCGGAAAAUUUUAUAGUAGUACUAGAAAUAUUAUUUGAGGAAAUUUUCGUCACUAUGAUCAAUGUGACGUGGGUUAUGUAAAAUGUCUUCUCUGUGAGGAGAACUAAUAUUAGUAGUAGAACUAUUAUUUGAGGAUUUCUCUAUUUUUCUGUUGCUUUCCCUUUUAUUCCCAGACAGAAAGAGUCCAUCUGUUGCAAGCAUGCAGGAGAACAGGCACAUAUGCUCAGCAUGUUUUCCCGGGUUUUUGUCUCUUUGUAGUUUGCAUUUCAAAAUUGAACUCUACUAUUUCUGGUUAAUCAAACAGUUUAAGGCUA